AACAGCCUAUCAUGUCCUAUAGCAUCCGAAUUCCUAAAUAUGUCAAGGGUAAUACAUGGCAAACACUUCAUCGUACCCUUUUGGAUCCAAACACAUGAGUGGUGUCUUCCAAGUCCCAGCUGAUACUUUAAUCUCUGCUUGCCAUACUGUUUACACAGAAAUCAGGGAGACAACAUCAAUUCUACAACAUGCAGUGUUUGAGCUUUUACAAUUUUGUUCUUAAGGUGAUCCUAUGGGAUUUAUAACUCAAUGUUUUCACCUUUUUCCCUGUUGGAAGAUACUUCAUAGAAACAAAGAAAUCAUACAACAACCAUCAACCAAAAAGAAAGAAGACCCAAACUACUAGAAGAGAUAGUCUGCUUCUGUGGGAUAAAAUUUACUUUUGUGAUGGUCCAUUUUUCUUUGGGGAGUGUGGUCUACUUGUCAGCUGUCUUACCAUUCCACCACACUCUCCUCAAUUUUUUUCUGUAAAGCCAUUACAGUUGUCCAUAUAAUGUCUGAUCAACCAGUCCUUGCUAGAUUGUUGGUUCCCCACCUGAUCUUGAAGAGGUUUGAGGUACUACAAAUAGUACAUUCUUAGCUUCAUUGUAUGUGUAUAAAUAAAUUGGCCAUGUAUCAGAAUUAAUCAAUCAAGUAAUCAUCAGAAGACCUAAUUUGCAGCACAAGUUGUUGAAGACUUUAAAGUCAUUCUCACUUUGAUAUUAUAAGCAAAGUGUCCCUAAUCAUGCUGGUGUUUAUGCUAAAAAUUCAGCUAAAUAGCUGCUUGCAUUGCCAGCUUAACUAAUUUACAUGUCAAGUAUCAAACAUAAAUGCAGUAUAAAGCAAAUAAACAAAUAUUUUGUUUCUGCAAACAUAAUUAAACUGAUAAAUCAUGGUGUUCCUUGGAUGCUAGAGUAUGGUGUAUCAAAAGCUUAGACAAGCAUAAAAGGAAGAGAAAAGAUAGAGAUCACCUGAGUUCGGUAUGACAUAUAGAACACAGCCCCAGACGCAAAUUGACUAUGCCCCUAACAAGAUCAAUGAUGCUGACUUUGAUGAACACCACAAACUUUUUUCUUUACCACAAUGAUUGGUCAUACAAUUGCUAUCUAUAAUAGAUUGGAACAUUUACCAAUCAAUAUAAUAGAUCUUAUGGUAGGUCACAAACUGGGAGAAUUUGCGCCUACUCUGACUUUUGCAAGAAACGAUAAUAAAUCUCACUUCUGAAUCCGGUCCUCCUAAACAUCAUAUAAACAUUGACUUUAGCCAAGACAAGUUCCAGGAGAACUCUUUAGGUGAAUCCCAUAACCAGAAGUUAUCGAGGAUGAUCCGAAGAUCUCACUCCUGUGGGCACUGUGGAUGACAGAAGAGCCACAGGAAGGCUGCAUCUACUGGGGAGGGAGGAAUUGAUUUACAUAUACCCUAACAACCAGGAUGAUAUUUCUUGUACUUUCCAUUCCCCUACAGUGGUCUCUGCCACUCUAUUCUAAUCACUAGACCAGCUGACUCCAUUGCCUCUCUCACUCCCCCACUUUGUCGCCACACACGGCCACCAUGUGACCUUGUGGCCAUUCUUCCCUUCCUGCCAUGUCAAGAAGAUGCGGUGGUUCGGCUCCCACUUGAAAUCCCCACACCUUCCCACCUGUUCUUCCUCCCCUUCCUCCCUCUGGCGUUCCAUAUAUAUUAGACGAGUCUCACUGCAUCCCCUGAUCUCUUCUCCUCACCCUCUUCCUUCCCAAAUUCCAAACUCUAGAUCUAUCAGGCCUUCAAAUGGCCUCCCUCUCCUCUUCAACCAUUAUUGUUCUUCUGCUGCUUCUCUUCCUCCAUGUUAGCCUCACCAUUUCCUCCUCCUCUUCCACCACCACCACCACUUCCCCUGCUUCGAAGUCACAAAAGCCACAACUUUCAAGCAAAAGAUCCAUGAUUGAAGCAGGAGAGGAAGGUGAAAAGAUUCAGAAUCCCACACUCGUCAAGAAGAAACCAUUCUUGGGGACUAAAAACCAGACCAAACUCUUAAAGCCCAAAAAGACCAACUCCACUGCCACAGCUGCCGCAGCCGCCGCCAUCGCCAUGGAUUCCAAAUCCAACAAAACCACCAAGAAUAAGCUCGGUAAAAUCCUUGACGCCACCUUGAAAACCUCAAAUUCCACCAAGCUUCUCAAAACCAUCAAGCUUAUCAAGUCCAAUCUGACAAAAUCCUCCAAAGACCAGCUCAAAUCUCUCAAUUCCACCUCCAAUUCCACCAAAUCUUCCAAAAAAUCGGUUUUUGAUCCGCCCAUUGCCAAGAUCAAGACCACAUCCGCCCCCAAAGCUCCCAAACCGCAGCAACCCAGCAAGCCUCCCGUGGCGACGAAGCCGUCCAUGCCCAAGGCGAAGCCGGAGGAAUCGACGGCCUGGAUGGAGACAAUGGACGACAUGGACCACACGGAUCUCAUCUCCGACUUUCGGGAGCUCCCCUCCCGCCUGCUCCCCGACCUCGAGCGCCUCUCCACCACCUCCAAGGCCUACAUCUCCGCGGCCAACCGCGGCAUCGCCGAAGGCGUCAAGCCUUACGUGGGCAAGAGCUUCGCCCCCAAGGUUGCCCCCGUGCUCUCCUCCCUCUUCCUCGCGCUCCCCCUGCUCCUCUUCACCCUCCUCUUCCGCCGCCUCCGUACCUACCUCUCCCUCCACCGUCUGCUCCUCUUCAUCCAGGCCUAUCUCGCCAUCUACUUCGCCACCCUCGCGCUGACCGCCCUGGCGACGGGGCUGGAGCCCCUGCGGUUCUUCUACGCCACCUCGCCGGGCUCCUACACCUGGACGCAGGCGGCGCAGACGACCGGCUACCUAAUGUACCUGAUACUGCAGCUGGCCGACCUGGUCGCGGUGUUCUCCGGCGGCAAGAACGCCGGCGGUGGCGGUGCGUCGGCGCGGGCGCUCGCCCUGGCGCAGAUGGUGAUCGGCCUGGCGGUGGGGGUGCACUACUACGCGGCCGUGUUCCACCGGGCGGUGAGCGGCGAGGCACCGCGGGCCAACUGGCGCGUGCACGGCGUCUACGCCGCGUGCUUCCUCGUGAUUUGCACGUGCGCGCGCGCGGAGAGGAGGAAGAAGGCGUACUACGAAGGGGGAGAAGACGGGAAGAAGAGUUAAAACUUUCGGGGGCAUUAUCGGAAGCGUAUCACAGGGGUAUAACGGGAAGAGUGGAAGAUACCGAUUGCGGGUGUAAUUUGGGAAGAGCAUUACGUUCUCCUAAUAUUUCUCAUCACCAUUUUACUUUCCAUGUUAUUUAUUACUUCUAGCUAUGUAACAAUAAAAAAUGUAAUAAGGUGUGGAUUGGGGAUAAGAACACGAGAGAGAGAGAGAGAGAGAGAAGAGGUAGGAAAUUAAAGUGAUGAUGCACUGAACAAGACAAAACUUGCUUCUGUUGUUUGAUGGUGUCUGGCCUCAUUCGAUUCGCAUAACAUGAUAAAUGACAUCUUUAAUUAUUUCAUGUUUGACA